AUGGCGCAAUCCAUAUUGCUGUUCAGUGCCUUUGCCUCCCUUGCUGUCUCAUACAACUUCCCAUUUGAAGCCAUUCAAUUGACGGACGAUGACGUCCUUGACAGCCCCAGCAUCGCCUUUGGCAACAUCCUCAAUCCGGAACUCCCAGACUCAGAAUGCAAGAUCUACCCAGGAGACUCAGGCUGGCCUUCGGAGUUACAAUGGCAGGAUUUCAACACAACCAUGGACGAUCCCGUGUCGAUCGGCCCUCAAUGGGUCGAAGGCAACACCUGUCCGCCAACCUUCAACCCUAACGACACAUGCACACUAGACGGAUUCCCGACCUACGUUGUCAAAGCAACAACGGUGAGGCACAUUCAGCUGGCCAUAAAUUUCGCCCGCAAUGCGAACAUACGUCUCGUGAUUAAAAACACAGGCCACGACUUUCUUGGCCGCUCUACGGGCGGCGGCGCCCUCUCCAUCUGGACCCACGCCCUCAAAGAGUUCUCCUUCAUCCCGAGCUUCACAAUCGGGCCCUACACCGGCAAAGCCGCUAGGAUGAGUGCUGGCUUGCAGGGAUUCGACUUGACGACGUAUCAAUCGCAAUACGGAAUUUCCAUGGUCGCACCAGGCUGCCCGACAGUCGGCGCUCUGGGGGCCUUCAUCGCAUCCGGCGGCCACUCUAGCUACACGUCGUACUUGGGGCUCGCCGCAGACCAGGUGCUCUCCAUCCAGGUCGUCACGGCCGACGGCCGGUUCCUGACGGCGGAUCCGGACCAGAAUACUGAUCUGUUCUACGCUAUGCGAGGGGGUGGCGCGGGCACAUAUGGCGUCGUCACCUCGGCCAUCAUCAAAGUGUAUUCCCCGAUCCGCAUUGCAUCCGCAAGCAUCUCCUUCGCUACAACACCGCGCAGCGGCCUCCCCGCAACCUCCGCGGCCGCAUUCUGGCGUGGCAUCCGCACCUACUUCGCAUUUGUCCCGGCCAUGGUGGACGACGGCGGCCAGGGAUACAACUUCAUCCGGCCCGCCCCGGUCUUCAAUGGCACCGCCGCCACCGUCGACGUACCCCGGAACCUCACCUUUACAACCAGCAUCAGCUACCCAGCCAUGAGCUCUGCGGACGCAACGGCGCGCGUGAACGCAUUAGUCGCCGACCUGCGGGCCGUAGGCGUCAAUCUCAACACGCCGGUCGUGUCGGUGUCCGGGGGUCCCAGGCCCAACGGCACGACACCUCCCCCUCCCCCUACCUCCCCGCCGGGCGGACCUGUCGAGCAGCAACGCAUGGCCACACGGCUGUUCCCGCGGGAGAACCUCGUGGACCCGGCGCUUCUGAACAGGACCACCGAGGUCAUCCAGACCUACGUCGAGGAGGGUGGCUACGUCUUCCACGGCAUCAACUACGCGCCGACGAGCGAGCGCGCUGGGUGGCCCGGAAGCGACAGUGGCGUCAACCCGGCGUUCCGAAGGACGGUAAUGCAUGGUGAAGGGUGGGAGGGCCCGGAGUCGACGACGCCGCCGCUCGAGAGCAUGGUGGCGAAUCAUGCGCGCUUCCGGCGGUACUUCCAGGGUUUCAUUGAUGUGUCGCCCGGGGCCGGCAGCUAUAUCAACGAGGCCGAUGCUGGAGAGCCUGACUGGCAGCAGGCGUUUUAUGGGGACAAGUACGAUAGGUUGGGGGCCAUCAAGAAGUCAAGGGAUCCGUGGAGCUUGUUCUUGGCGGCGGUGAGUCCGGGCUGGGACGAGUGGGAGGUCAGGAAGCCGGAGGGGUACGAAGAGCUGCCGACGCAGAACGGGAGGUUGUGCCGUGUUGGGGGCGCUUACACCACUUGA